AUGGUGGAGUAUGGUGUGGUUUCCAUGUCUUCCAUGCAGGACCUCAUGACUGAAUCCGUUGCACGGGGAAAAGAGGACAUCAGUGAUCGGUCCUCAGGGAUCACUGAAGCUACAGGCUCAGGGGUCUAUGGCUUGACCUGGUUGGACUUGGCGCAGUUCCUGCAGUUGGCGAGCGAUGCUGAUGGCACCUUCCGCAUCGAAAUUGACCAGGAUGCCUGCAUUGAGGGCAUCCCUGACUUAGAAGUGUCAGUGCAGCGCCUUCGAACUCCUGAUCAGGCACUCACGCCUCAAGAGAUUGCCUCAUGCCGAACGGCACUUGGAUCGCUCCAGUGGUUGGCCAUCCAAACUCAAACAACUGCCCACAGCAACCGGCCAAAGGGUGACAGCACAGGAGGCAUGAUCACGCUCCUUGCUGGACCUGACAGCCUGUCAGGCGAUGUGACGCCCAUGGUCCUUCUGACAUGGAAGACCUGGAAGUUGAAGCGAAAGGCCAUUGCCUCCAACGACGCAGAGGUCCAAGCUGUGCUCGAGUCAGAAGACAACAACUUUAGAGCACGGGUUGGUCUGCACCAACAGAGACCCAACGAGAGCCCGCUUCUCGGCCUCACCAACAUGAGGGCGGCGCUCCAAGCCUUCCAGCUUCGCGAGAACUUGCGAAGGUGUGGAAGCACGCUGCGAUGGCUUGCGUCUGACUAUGACCUGGCCGACUCGAUGACAAAGAAGAAGGGCGACAGCCGCGAAGGGAUCCUCAAGUUCAUGGCCACUUGGCACUGGACGAUCGCCUACGAUCCCAACUUCGUGGAGGCCACAAAAGAAGCUUGGCCUGACCGCCGUCGACCAGAUCGAAGCGGUUGCACAGAAUGCGAAGGAGAGCAUCUUGAGGCAGUCCCAUGGCCUCCUUGA